AUGAUUCCUGUGGAGGCAUGGAAAGCAUUAGGAGAUGAAGGAGUGGAUAUACUGUACGCUCUUAUGAUAAAGAUCCUUGAGCAGCAAAAGAGGCCAAAUGAGUGGUGUGGGAGCAUAUUGGUCCCAGUUUUUAAAGGGAAUGGCGAUGUCCAAGAGUGUGGUAAUUAUAUGGGUAUUAAAUUGAUGUCCUAUACUUUGCAGAUACUGGAAAGGAUGAUAGAUGCAAGACUGAGAGAAGAAGUACAAAGAGAAAGCAUGAGAAAGACAGAGGAGAAGAAGAUGGAUGUGGCAGAAAUGAUAAUGCUUAGGUGGAUGUCUGGGGUGACAGUAGAGGAUAGGAUCAGAAAUGAGUACAUAAGGGGGUCGACUAAGGUGGUGGAAGUAUCAAAGAAAGCGCAGGAUGACAACUGCACAAGGAGCUACAAGAGAACCCUGCUGCAGCAGGUAUUGAUGUCAAAAAUGAUAGAGAGGAUUGCACUCACAGAAGAGAAGAGGCGCCUACUAGUCGAGUGGGAGAACCUCUGCCAUAGCAGCAGGGAGGAUGUCAUAGCAGACUCUUCUCCAAGACCAAGAACAGCAUCGGGACAUUAUGGACUGCCUUUGCCACUUGGAGGAGAAGGAUGCUGA